AUGGCAGAAAAUCUUUCUUCAAUACAUAAACCACCUACAAAUGAAGAAAUUCAAGGAUUAAAAGAGACAGCGGACUUGUACAAAUCUAAUCUAUUUAAACUUCAAAUCGAUGAACUUUUAUCGGAAGUUAGUAUCGAUUUUUCUAAAACUACAAGUUUAGAAAAUAUAUUACAUAAGUUAAAAGAAAUAUUCGACAAUAUUAAUGACAUACCUGACCUUUCAAUUGCAGAAGUAAAAUCUAUGUUAUUGAAAAAGCAUGGUAUAACCAUCCCAUUCCCGGACCCUCAACCUUCUGAUAAUGUAAAAUAUAAAUUUGGAUUUAAAAAGCCGACAGCCUUUUACUUGGUCGGUAGUUAUCCAUUGAAGAGUAUUGUGCGUAGUCGAAAUGGGUUUAAUGUGGAUGUGGUAGUUAUCAUGCCGAAGUCUAUAUUUCAAGAAAAAGAUUAUAUGAAUUAUCGUUAUUUUUAUAAACGUGCAUAUUAUCUGGCAGUAUUAUCCGCUACUUUGCAAGACAAUAAUUUAGCAUUGAAUGUAAGCGUAGAAUUUGGUGCACUUUUUGGAGAUAGGCGUCGCCCCAUUAUAUUGCUUAAACCACUUGAAAAUAAUUCCGGUGUAGAUUUUGUUAUUCGGAUAUUACCAUGCAUUCCAAUGGAUAUAUUUCCACCUCAACGUCUUUCACCAUCCAGAAAUAAUAUUCGUCCCCAACAUUUACAGGAUUUAGGUCACAUUCCACAACAACAAUCAAUGGGCUCACUUCCACCCACGCCGCAAUAUAAUUCUGCUAUCUUAAAGGACAUGUAUUGUAUUUCUCAUCUAAACUUGUUAUAUAAAAAUUCCAAAGAUUGUCCUGCAUUUAACGACGCAUGUAAGCUAGCAAAGGUGUGGCUUCAUCAAAGAGGCAUAAGCAGUGACGAAGACGGGUGGAGUGGGUUCAAUGGAUUUGUAUGGAUGAUGCUGAUGUGUUACUUAUUACAUAACGGAGAUGUAAACGGAGGGAAGAAAUUGGCUAACGGGUAUAGUUCUUAUCAAUUAGUUAAGGGAACUAUGGAUUUUUUGGCAAAUCAUGAUUUUAUCCAAAAUCCCGUAUUCAUGAAUGAAUUAGAAGGAUCUGAAGAAUUUUCAAAGAAGUCAUUUACAGAAAACUUUGACGUUGUAUUUGUUGAUAAUUCUGGAAAGUUGAAUUUGCUAAGCGGGAUGACAAAAAUUGCUCUUGAACAAAUACAACAUGAAGCCAGGAUUGCAAUGGAAUACUUUAAUGAAAACCAAGCAGAUAGAUUUGAAGCAUUAUUUUUGCAACAAGUGAAUGAUAUUAAACUAAGAUAUGAUAACGUUGCAAAGCAAAAAUUAGACUAUCACGAUCCAUUUAUACAUUUCGCAAGAACAAUUCCUAUACAACUUAAACAAGGCCUCACUAAUCGUGUCAACCUAAUAACGAUAAAUUAUGCUCAACUUCCAACAUGGUCAAUUUCUUCAGUUCCACCUUCAUAUUCAUCCUCAGAUUUGAAACUCUACAUUGGCCUUAUUUUCAACCCUGAACAAUCAAAUCGGCUUAUAGAUCAUGGACCAUCUCCUGAAAAUGAAACUGCAGCAUCACAAUUUCGAAAUUUUUGGGGAAAAAAAGCAGAAGUACGAAGAUUUAAAGAUGGUAGUAUACUAGAAUGUGUGGUUUGGGAUGUUAAAGGAAUUGAAGAACGCUGUCUUAUUGUUAGCAGGAUAGUCAAAUAUCUACUUCAUCUCCAUUAUGGAAUAAAUGAGAGUAAAGGAAUUCAAUAUUUUACAGGACAAUUAAAUGAAAUUGUCAUACCUUCACUCAAUAUUCCAAAAAGUAUUUAUAAUAAAAAUGGAAUUGCAAAUGGAUUUAGAGAUGUAACGCAAGCAUUCGAUAAAUUAGUUAAACAAUUUAUGGCAUUAGAAAAUAUUCCGUUAAGAUUUUCAGGUAUUCGAGCUGCAAGUUCAACAUUAAGAUACACUUCAAUAUUUAUACCCCAACCACUUGUUCUCACAACUAAGAAAAUAUCACAUUAUGUGGAUCCAAUUGAAAUUAUAAUUCAGUUUGAACAUUCUGCGAGAUGGCCUGAUGAUCUCGUGACCAUACAAAAGAUGAAAAUUGCAUUUUAUAUACGACUUGUAUCACAAUUAGAACUUCAAUUUCCAGGAACUCGCGCUACAGUAGUAACAGAUAAUGUCGAUACGAUCAUUUCAGAAGCAUAUAUGGAUAUACUUGCAGAUUCUGGAUUUGUAUUCAGAUGUAGAAUAUAUAAUGAGCGAGAAAUGACAUUAUUGGAUCGUGGAAUCGAAGAUAAAAUGUCUAGUCAACUUAAAAAAACUACGUAUACAAAAGCUUUAGAAAGAGAGAAACGAAUGUUUGUAGAGAUUCCAAUGCAUACAUUGCAAAUCCAGACUCUUUGCAAUAAGUGGCCAAGUUUAUCAUUAACCAUCCGACUUACGAAACGAUGGUUUAGUGCACAUUUGCUAAGUGAUCAUGUUGAUGAGGAGUGGAUUGAAUGUCUAUCCUCACAAGUUUAUUUAGAACCAUCACCUUGGAAUAGACCUGGUAAUGGAUUUGUAGGGUUUCUUCGAGUUUUAAAAUUGAUAACUUCUUGGAAUUGGAAUAAUGAAGCAAUGAUCGUUGAUUUAAGCGAAGAAAAUAGAAGCACAUUAAAAAAUAUUAAGAACAAAGUUGAUGAUAUUAAGAUAAGAUUUAAGAAUUUAAGGUCAUCGGAUGGAGGUUGCAAAUAUGGAUUAAUGUUCAUAGGCACUACUAGUGGAAGUGUUUGGGGAAUUGAAAAACCUAGCAAAGUUGUUGCUAAUAGAAUAAAAGAUUUGGCCGGAUCUGCACUUUUGUACGCCAACGAAUUGAUAGAAAAUGGGAAAAAUCCGGAGUUCAAGAGACUUUUUAUAACGCCACUUUCGGAUUAUGAUGUGAUAAUACAUUUAGAUCCAUACCAGUGUACAAGAUAUUAUCAAAAUAUUUUUGUUGAUACGCAAUAUUUAUCACAUAAGAAAAAGUGUGACACUAUUGAUGAAGACAAUGAUAUUGUAAUGAGAGAUGUAAUAACACACGAUCGUGUAGAAAAUGAGGGAAAAAUGGUUGCUAUGAUUGGGUUUGAUCCUGUAGAAUGUUAUUUGGCUUUAUUCUUUCAUGAUAAACAUGGUGGAACAGUCAUUGGAGUUGUUUGGGUACCAAUAAACUUUACACCCAAACCAUGGAAGGCUAGCGUUGAAAUCAAUAGCAUUUUGGUGUCGAAAAUUGAAAGCCUUAAGAAUCAAAAAGGUAGUCACGAUGGUCAAAAUAUAAUAUUGAAUGCCGAAGCUGUUGCCUUAGAAAUGGAAAGAUUAGGCGAAGGAUUGGUUAUUGGGGUUGAAAUUAAGAAGUGA